AUGACAACCAGAGAAGAGAGGAAUCAAACCAUCAUCACAGAAUUUAUUCUGCAGGGAUUUGGGGAUUUUCAAGACCUACAGAUUGUCUUCUUCAUCUUGUUUGUAACUAUAUACAUCCUUACAAUGACUGGAAACAUCCUCAUUGUUGGAUUAGUUGUGACAAACCACAACCUCCACACUCCUAUGUACUUUUUCCUGGCAAACCUGUCUUGCUUGGAGACCUUCUACACUUCAACCAUCUUGCCCAAGGUCCUUGUCAGUUCCCUGACUGCAGACAGAGCUAUUUCCAUCCCUGGCUGCAUCACACAAUUCUAUUUCUUUACUUCUCUGAUAGUUACUGAAUGCGGUCUCUUAGCUAUGAUGUCUUAUGACAGGUAUGUAGCAAUAUGUAAACCUCUGCAUUAUGGAAUCCAUAUGACUGAGAAGCAAUGCAUUAUCAUGGCUGCUGGCUGUUGGAUUACUGGGUUUUUAUCAAUGUCAGUAAUGACGUAUCUGAUCACAAGGUUGACAUUUUGUGGUCCCAAUGAAAUAGAACAUUUCUUCUGUGACUUUACCCCCAUAACACGUAUUGCUUGCAGUGAAACUCAAACAUUAGAACUGAUGAGCUUCAUAUUCUCAACCAUUUUCACCCUGCCACCCUUCUCAUUGACUGUGACCUCAUACACAUUUAUCAUCACCACCAUCCUGAGAAUCCCAUCUACCACUGGAAGGCAAAAAGCCUUCUCCACUUGCUCAUCUCACCUUGUUGUAGUUACAAUUUAUUAUGGGACCCUAAUCUUAGUUUAUGUGUUGCCCAAGACGGAAAAUAUGAGAAAGCUAAACAAAGUCUUAUCUCUUUUUUACACCAUCCUAACACCUCUGGUCAAUCCCCUGAUAUACAGUCUCAGGAACAAGGAAGUAAAAGAGUCUCUUAGGAAAUCUAUUGGAAAGCUGCAUAAGACCAUAGGGAAUCAAAGACACUAAUUUUGGAUUAGGGGAGAAAUUGGUGACUUCAUCUUUUGGAUACUGAAGCCUUUAUAUACUGUCUAAAUCUCUUUCUUUCUCUUGUCAUACAUAUAGUGAUGGGACAGAAGAAAUUAUACUAUUCUUCUUGUGUCAUUCAUUAUCACCAUGCAUGAUCUGCUGAAUGCUACCUGCUGUAGCUUGGAGUUAGGUGUGUACACUGUAGUUUAUUGAGUGCUGAAAGGGACACAGCUAAGGACCACCUGAAGAAGCCCCACGAACCU